UGCUCAGGUACAACGAGUACGCCCAAAGAUCAUCGGGAGCAUCACCAUCCUGCAAAAAUGGCGACAAGGUCGGAGGACGUUCUCGGCGAAAAAUGGGACAAAUGCAUCGCGGACACACUCAUAAAAAUGGGGGCCGGUCUCGGCGUCGGAGUUGUCUUCUCCGUGGUCCUUUUCAAGAGGCGGGCUUGGCCAGUUGUCUUUGGCCUAGGAAGCGGCUUUGGGAUGGGCUACAACCAUUGCCAGCACAUGUUCAACGAAUCAGCCUUGCUCCGGGCUUACACACUCAAGGCUAAACAGAAGGAAACUGCCACACCUACGCCAGCAGCCCCAGCACACAAAUAGAUAUUUUUUUGUAUAUAUUUACGUAGCUUCAGGGCUGCAAGCAUCUAGACCUUUGUUUAAUAAAUUUGUUCCACUGCUGAAGCUAUUGAACGAAA